AACUAAAUUUGCAAAAUUUAAUUCCAAGUGUUAUUAACAAAGAUUCCGCUUCUAAACAUAUAUAUAUGUGCAAUAAAUUUGCGACCUAAGAAACUACUGAUGAAAGUGGAUAGUGGAUAGUGAUCAUGAGUAAUUUCUUAAUAUUUCACGAUGAGUCGCCAGUUGUAAUAAAAUGGAAAAUAAAAGUUGACCCACCGCUGUCAGCAAGACGAUUUUGCUAUUUAAGCCCAUGCCUAAUUUUAAUUCUUACCAAUGACAAUUGUUUAUAUGAAGGACAUUUUAAUGAAGAAAACAACUGUAUAACUUUUGAAGAUCUGAUUCAAAUUGGCGUAGAGGAUAUGCAAUUUAAUAAAGUUCUACGUCGUAUUUAUAUUGUAACGUGCAAGGGCCAAGUGUUUUUUCAGUUCUUUGACGCCGAUAUGAGCCAUCUAAGCAGUCAGUGGAAAGAAAUUGUUUUUGCAUCUAUUGAAUCUCUGGAAGAACAAGUGGUGAUUAAACGAGUUUCCUGUUCGGCGGAAGGCGUUUUAUUUGUGUCCCGAAGUGAUGAUGAUGUUUAUGCGCUCGGUAAAUGUGGAGACCAUUUUCGUUUUGAUUUUGAUCAACCCAAAUUAAUUCAUCCAUUUAAGUAUCCAGUGCAUAUUAUUAACGUGGUGGGCGGUGAUAAUUUCUUUAUUUUCCUCGCUAGAAAAUAUCUGAAUGAAUCUUCUAAUUACACAAAUGAGCCACAGCAGUACGAAAAACUUCCGGAUUUAGUGUGUUCAGAUGUACGAACAGAAUCAAGCCAGCAUCCGUCAACAAACUCUAUUAAUGUAUGUGAUUAUCGUUCACAAAAUGAAAAUUUGGAACCAAACACGCAGUUGAUAAUUGAUCAGGGUUCUGCGUUGCUCCAAACUGUUGUUUAUACCUUCGAAGCAUCAAAUCGCAACGCAAUGGGAACAAGAGAUCAGGUGAAACGUGAUUCUCUUUUUGCUUUUGAGCAGCUACGAGAUAUAGGAAUUUGUGAUAUAUCUGCCGGACGCGAGCAUGCAAUUGCUCGUAGUAUCGAUGGUCGUUUAUACCAUUGGGGUUGGAAUGGCCACCGGGAGUUGAUGAGUAAUAGUACAACUGAAUGGGUUUCGGACAAUUCAUCUAACUUGGUUGAAUCAUGCUGCAGAGGUGAUCAGACGAUCUUGCUAACUGCUCGAGGCGAAUUGUAUGAAAAUAAUAAAAAUAUUUAUAAAGGGGGAAAAGAUAUUUUUGCUGCUCACGUAAACACGGUAUCUUCUUCAUUGUUAUGUUCUGGACCACUGAUUUUAUACAACGGGCAUCAAUAUAAAAUUGAGUUUUGUAAUUUACGUACUCACCUGCAAAAUCAAUUGAAAACUAUGAUUACUUUCUAUAAGAGAUAUCAACAACUAAACACAUUAGCCAACAAGAUUGUUAAAGAAUUGCAGCAAGUUUGGUAUCAAUUCAAAAAUGUUAUUUUACUAUUAAUAUCAGUAUUACAUUCGUUAGAAAGAUUUUAUUGUGGCGAUAACAAUAAUCCUUUAGAAUUAGUUUUUAUUAAAUAUCGACCAGCAAGUAUAAAGAUUUUGGAAGUGUAUAUGGUGGCAUACUGUGAUACGUACUCCAUUAAUGGUUUUGCGGACGCUGAUAAAACUUUGCGACCCACACCAACAUCAUGCGCGGAUUAUAACUAUCAAAACUUAAUGAAAAUGUUUCAGCAGCCCUUUCAAAUUUCUCCCUAUUUGUUAAGGAUCUUGGAGCAACUGGAAAAAGAUGAUGAAAUGUUCAACGAUCAUAUACAAGCCUGGGAGUAUUUCACGCGUAAAAAUCGCAUCGAAUUGGAAUUAGCGGAAAGUACUCGUGAUUUUUGGCUGUCCAACACACGAAAUACGAAAAUUGCUCGUUUCAAAAGUAAGGAUCGCCGCGUUAUUUUAAGCUCGACUUCUGUACCAUUGAAACUUUUACAUUCCAUUGGCCUUACUACGCAAACAUUUAUACUGUUCUCAGACUGUUUGUGCCAUGUACAUCAUCAUGUGACCGUUUAUCCUUUGAUAGCAUUGUGGUUGAAGAUGGAAGAAAAUGGUAUACGUUUAAUAACACCUGAGAAGAAUUUCAUAUUAACAGCACGCAACGAACAUGAUAAAGAACUGUGGUACGAUCAGUUGGAAUCCAGUAUUAAAAUGGCAUUGAAUUUAAGAGAAAAAGCUAAAGUACCAGAAGUUCGUGACAUUAGCUACAGUUUUACGACCAAUCACUCCGUAUACGGCGGAGUUAAUGUUACAGGAAACUUUUCAAAUGGGGUCAUGCAUGGAAAGUGUCGUUUAGAGUUUCCUAAUGGGAAGCUAUAUUUUGGUGAAGUAAUUCACGGGGUAAUAGAAGGUUAUGGACUCAUGUAUUCCCCUAAAGUCGGUUCUUACAAAGGCGAUUUUCGGAAUGGCAAGUUUAGUGGGUAUGGAAGCCUUGUCAUAAGUGAGAAGAAAAUGUAUGAAGGCUAUUUUCGAAAUGGACUGUUUCAUGGACAUGGUCAUUUCAAGCAAAAUGACUCCGUAUAUAUUGGCGAAUUUCAGGACAAUAAUAAGUUUGGUUAUGGCGUACUUGACUUUAUAAUUUGUGGUGAUAAGUAUAUGGGUUUUUUUGCGGAUAAUAAACGCUGUGGAGAUGGUAUAUAUAUUACGUCAAAGGGAGACUAUUUUGAGGGAGCAUUCAUAAAUGAUGAAUUGACGGGAAAAUGUUCAGCUUUAUUUCAAAAUCAUUCUUUUUAUGAAGGAGAAUUAACUCUAGUUGGUCCCAACGGUUUGGGAAAAUAUUACAUGCCACUUACUAAUCCAUUGGAAGAAUUAUGUGAAAUAUCCCUUAAUGAGAGUGUAAACAAUCAGCAAAUCACUGGUUCUACUCUUAGUGGCCAGUUAUCCGGCAAAUGGGAUCAAAUUCACAUCACAUCAGGAUUAAUGGAAUUUAAUCGCACUUUCAUGAAAUAUCCAACUUCUCUGGGUUUACAUGCUACAAGCAAUGAUAGAAAGUGGUGUGCUUUGUUUAUAAAUUACGAAGAGGAACUCUUUGGUGAUUUAGCCAAGUCUACGCAAUUUGAUAAACCUUUGACAUUUGCUCUGUGGAAUCGAGUUAUUGCUUUUGUAACCAAGCAACGUGAAAUAGUGAUUGAUCCAAUAAUUGAUCGAGAGUUAUCUUUGUUGCAACGAAAGCGUAAUGAAAAUAGAGCUGAUUUUCGGAAUGACUUUGAUGCAAAGUUUGAGAAACUUAGUUUGAACGCCUCCUUAGACUUUGAAAAAUUUGAAUUGAAAAAGCGGUCAAGAUCACAGGAUACACUCAGCAUUACUAACGAUUUAGAAACAAACAUCGAUUUGUUAAACCUUUUGAAAAAGCUCGAAGAGGGAGGUUCCGAUGAACAUGACUUUCUACUUUCAAGUGAAAAUAGAAAUUUCAACAAUCUGCCUUCGAAUUUUUUCGAAAGUCAUAAGGCUGUAAAUGAUUUAACAAUGCAGUUAAAAAUGGACCUAAUACCUCAAUGCGGCUUCACGGAGCUUAACUUAGAAGAUUUUAACGUUAUUAAGGAAUAUCUGGCAAGCGCCUUCAAAUAUCGCCAUCAUCCCUUUUAUCAUCUCAAUCAACGCAUAACCGCUACCUUCUACAGAUCUUAUGGUUGCUGGAAAAUGAAGCCUACACCAUUCCUGGCUAAAAACGCGCUCCUUGAAUGGGAAUCGAUUUCACAGCGCGUAUACAAAAUAAUCCGAAAGCUUUUCCCAGCUUUACCUGAAGAUUAUUGCGUUUUAGAAGGCAAUAAACGUGAAGUAGUAUCGCAUAUUACUUUACUUUAUCCCCUUUUGUUAUCCGAAUGUGUCUACUCUACGCUUUUCCUCCUUUAUGCUAGCAAAUACAGCCAUAAAGAUGAACUUUACCGUCAAAAUCUGUUGCGGGCUGAAAAAUUUGACAAUACUCAGUUAAUUUCUGCUCUACAACUGGAUAGGGAUCUUGUUCGCAUAGUAGACACAUCGGAAUUUGAAGAAGCUGUAGUAUUGCUCAAGCAACUGAAGAAAAAACGCAAUCCUAUGGGCAUGCUAACUGUGAUAGAAAAUUGUAUGGGACAAGUGACGAAAGCUUCUCAAAAUGUUGUUAAUGUAUUUUUAAGCGCUGAUAUAGUUAUGCCUCUAACUUUAAUGUUAUUAUUACGUGCUGCAAUACCUCACCUAGGAGCGGAAUUGGCUUUAUUGGAUGAUCUAACGGAUUGUAAAAAUUUUCAAUUUGAAAUGAAUGGCAUUAGAGGCUACUGUUAUACAACACUCAAGGCUUCUUAUGAACAUCUUACUACUAAGUUAACUUUCGAACUAAAGUAAUUGUUGAAGUACAACAGGAAUUCAUCUUUUGCUGGUGAAAUACGUGGUAAAGAUUUUGUAAGCAAAGAAAUUUAAAAUCUACAUAUAUUGUCUGUCUCACUGAAUUACAUUUAAUAAUUAUUUGUUUUCAAUAAAAUCGCCAAUAUAUA